GUUUUCUGUAGUACCCACAGAUGAUGAGCAUUCCUACGAUGAUUUCUUAUCCAAAUCAAAUAUAUAUUGUUGGGAAAAUAUCAUGUCUAGAUUGCUGUCAUUGAAGAUAGAUUACGUGUGCGUGGGUCGAACACGUAGCCGAUUCGUGAGGCAUGCAGAAACCGAGCUCUGCAAGCCCACAGAUGCUGCAUGCGGUCAUGGUGGUGGAGGUGUGGGUGUCGAUAAGGUAGCAGCAGCGGCAAGCACUUGUGCCAGAAAGCGCAACCAAACAAAGGGAGGGCCACGUGAAGCGCGCAGGGCCAUCUUGAGACGCGGCACGCCGCUCGACCUUCCCCUGUUUUACGUGUCCCGCUUCAAUCUCUCCCAUCCCUCCCCCUCUCUCUUCCCCCCUAAGCCCCUAUAUAUGUCUCUCUCUUCCCACCACCACCUUCCUCCCCAUUGCCUUCCUUCCCUUGCCUUGUCUUCUACCCAUGGCUUCUCUCGAUCGCUGUCUUCUCCUCCUCGUCCUCCUCUUCUUCGGCCUCAUCGUCUCCACCUCCUCGGCCUACAGCGGGCGCAUGGUCGGGGCCCGGACGGAGGUGCAGGACGUGGAGACCAACAAGGAGGUGCAGGACCUCGGCCUCUUCUCCGUCGACGAGUACAACCGCCGCCUCGCCCUCCGCGGCGCCGGCCUCCUCACCUUCUCCCGCGUGGCGGCCGCGCAGCGGCAGGUGGUGUCCGGGAUCAAGUACUACCUCCAGGUGGUGGCCGCCGUGGAAGGUACCGGCGAGGAGGGACAGCAGCACCGAACCUUCGACGCCGUGGUCAUCGUCAAGCCCUGGCUCAGCUCCCGGUCGCUCGUCUCCUUCGCCCCCCGUCGCCCGGCCCUCAACAGCCAAGAUAACGGCGGCGACGCCCACCUUAAUGUCCGAUAGAGAACCCACCCACAUGAAGAAGUAGCGUCAAAUAAGAACUGUGUGUCUUCUUUCGCUAUUCCUAUAGAAGAAGAUGAAGAGUGUGUUUAGAAUAACGAUGGCUUGUUGAAGCCAAUCUUGAAAUCGGCAAUCCUUUUUGGUUUUCUUUUUCCCUUCUUUUUUCCUCUCUCGUAGCCAAUCUUCGUUGGAGACUUGAUAAUAAAAUGUCGAGUUAUUUCCUUUG